AUGUCAAAAAGAGUAAAUUAUUAUGAAGUUUUAGGAGUACCUCAAGAUGCUGAUAUAAGCAUAAUCAAAAAAUCAUAUAGAACUUUAGCUAUGAAAUGGCAUCCUGAUAAAAAUCCAAAUAAUAAAGCAGAAGCAACUGAAAGAUUUAAACAAAUUUCAGAAGCUUAUGAAGUAUUAUCAGAUCCAAAGAGAAGAAGAAAAUAUGAUCUUUAUGGAACUGAUGAAAAUUAUAUGGCAGAUGAAAAUGACGAAUUUUCAAAUUUUCAUAAAAAUUUUGGAUUUAAUGAUGCACAAAGAAUAUUCGAAAUGUUUUUUGGAGAUUCUACUCCAUUUGGAAAUGAUUCAUUUUUUAGUGAUGUAAUGGGAUCAUCAUUUGGAGAUAAAAGAAGAGGAAGAAUGAAUAGAUCAUCUGAUCCAUUUGAUAAUUUUUUUGGAUCUUCAUUUAAUAUAUCCUUUGGUUCAUCAUCAUUUGAUAAUUUUGUUGAUGGUGGCUCUUGUUUUACUUCUGUAGAAACAUCAACAUCAAAUGGAGGAAAAUACAAAAACAGAGUUAUAAAAACUUCUACAUCAAAAACUACUUCAAUUGUUAAUGGAAAAAGAGUAACUAGAAUUGAAACUGUCAAAACAUUACCUAAUGGAACAGUAGAAAGAACAGUAACAGAAAGAGAAGAAGAUGGAAGAGGAAAUAUUAACGUUAGACAAUUACCAGCACACGAAUUAAAGAGAAAUAGAAGAUAA